GCUGAGUCGGAAGUGGGAACUCUUCGGCCACUGAGACUCUGUCGUGUCGUCGCUGCUGGCCCUUCUGGCUCUGGGUUGUAUUUCUAUGCGGUGGCCUUAAAAUUCAGAAAGGGGAGAAAGCCUUUCAGGGAGCUCUGAUCAUCCCAUUGUGCCACUGAGGCCUCUUGGCGCUUCAAUGAGGAAAUAUAAUCAGAAGAGUGCAAAUGCAGGCUCAGUCAGCUUCUCUAAAUACCGUUGAGCCCCUCCCCUUAGGUCUUGAUGGAGGAUAUUUUAAAGUGAAAUGACAGACCAGGAAAAUAACAACAACAUCUCAAGUAACCCCUUUGCUGCUCUUUUUGGCUCCCUGGCUGAUGCCAAGCAUUUUGCAGCAAUCCAAAAAGAGCAGCUGAAGCAGCAGUCUGAUGAACUCCCAGCUAGCCCGGAUGAUUCAGAUAACAGUGUGUCAGAGAGCCUGGAUGAAUUUGAUUACUCUGUGGCUGAGAUUAGUCGCUCAUUCCGUUCACAGCAGGAAAUAUGUGAGCAACUCAACAUCAAUCACAUGAUCCAAAGGAUCUUCCUGAUUACUCUGGACAACAGUGACCCAAGUUUAAAAAGUGGGAAUGGCAUCCCCAGUCGCUGUGUGUAUUUGGAAGAAAUGGCAGUUGACCUGGAAGAUCAAGACUGGCUUGAUAUGAACAAUGUUGAGCAGGCCAUAUUUGCUCGCUUAUUACUUCAAGAUCCAGGCAACCACUUGAUAAACAUGACUUCUUCUACAACAGUAAAUCUCUCUGCUGAUCGAGAUGCAGGGGAGAGGCACAUUUUUUGUUAUCUUUAUUCCUGCUUCCAAAGAGCCAAGGAAGAGAUUACCAAAGUUCCAGAGAAUCUGCUACCCUUUGCAAUGCAGUGCAGGAACCUCGCUGUGUCCAAUACUCGAACAGUUCUCCUUACCCCAGAGAUCUAUGUGGAUCAAAAUAUCCAUGAACAACUGGUAGAUCUGACAUUGGAAGCCAUCCAAGGAGCCCAUUUUGAAGAUGUAGCUGAAUUCUUGGAAGAGGUCAUUGAAGCCUUGAUUUUGGAUGAGGAAGUUCGAACAUUUCCAGAAGUCAUGAUUCCAGUGUUUGAUAUUUUAUUGGGUCGCAUAAAAGAUCUAGAGCUCUGCCAGAUCCUAUUGUAUGCUUACCUGGAUAUUCUUCUCUAUUUCACCAGGCAAAAGGAUAUGGCAAAGGUUUUUGUAGAAUACAUUCAACCCAAGGACCUUAGCAAUGGGCAGAUGUACCAGAAGACCUUGCUGGGAGUAAUCUUGAAUAUUUCCUGCUUAUUAAAGACUCCUGGUGUGGUAGAAAAUCACGGCUAUUUCCUGAAUCCAUCUCGUUCCAGUCCCCAAGAGAUCAAAGUACAGGAGGCCAACAUCCAUCAGUUCAUGGCUCAGUUCCAUGAAAAGAUCUACCAGAUGCUGAAGAACUUACUCCAGCUCUCUCCAGAAACCAAACACUGUAUCUUGUCCUGGCUUGGAAACUGUUUGCAUGCAAAUGCAGGCCGCACCAAGAUUUGGGCCAAUCAGAUGCCAGAAAUCUUCUUCCAAAUGUAUGCCUCGGAUGCCUUCUUUCUGAAUCUGGGUGCUGCUCUCCUGAAGUUAUGCCAGCCAUUUUGCAAACCCAGAUCCUCUCGGCUCCUCACCUUUAAUCCCACUUACUGUGCCCUGAAGGAGUUGAAUGAUGAAGAACGAAAAAUAAAAAAUGUACACAUGAGAGGUUUGGACAAAGAAACCUGUUUGAUCCCUGCUGUGCAGGAACCAGAGUUUCCUCAGAACUACAACCUUGUAACAGAGAACCUUGUUCUGACAGAAUACACUUUGUACUUGGGAUUUCACAGGUUACAUGAUCAGAUGGUAAAAAUAAACCAGAAUCUGCAUCGGCUUCAGGUUGCCUGGCGGGAUGCACAGCAGAGUUCUAGUCCUGCUGCUGACAGUCUCCGGGAGCAGUUUGAGCGACUGAUGACCAUCUAUCUCUCUACUAAGACAGCCAUGACUGAGCCACAGAUGUUACAAAACUGUCUCAAUUUGCAGGUCUCCAUGGCUGUUCUGCUAGUUCAACUGGCCAUAGGCAAUGAGGGCUCACAGCCAAUAGAGCUAACUUUUCCUUUGCCAGAUGGCUACAGCUCUUUGGGUUAUGUGCCAGAAUUUUUUGCAGAUAACCUGGGUGAUUUCCUCAUUUUUCUUCGGCGCUUUGCCGAUGACAUCUUGGAGACAUCAGCAGAUUCCCUGGAACAUGUCCUUCACUUUAUCACCAUUUUCACUGGAAGUAUAGAAAGGAUGAAAAAUCCCCACCUAAGGGCCAAACUGGCUGAGGUGUUGGAAGCAGUCAUGCCCCACCUGGAUCAGACCCCAAAUCCCUUGGUAUCAAGUGUAUUUCACCGGAAGCGUGUGUUCUGCAACUUUCCCUAUGCAGCCCACCUUGCAGAAGCUCUAAUCAAGGUUUUUGUGGACAUUGAGUUUACAGGAGAUCCACAUCAAUUUGAACAGAAGUUUAAUUACCGCCGUCCCAUGUACCCCAUCCUGAAGUACAUGUGGGGAACAGAUCCAUAUCGAGAGAGCAUUAAGGAUUUGGCUGACUAUGCCUCUAAGAAUUUAGAAGCCAUGAAUCCCCCACUGUUCCUCCGAUUUCUUAAUCUGUUAAUGAAUGAUGCCAUCUUCCUUCUGGAUGAAGCCAUACAGUAUUUAAGCAAGAUAAAGAUUCAACAAAUUGAGAAGGAUCGAGGUGAAUGGGAUAGUCUGAGUCCAGAAGCUCGCCGAGAGAAGGAGGCUGGUCUACAGAUGUUUGGACAGCUAGCACGAUUCCAUAACAUCAUGUCCAAUGAAACAAUUGGUACCCUUGCCUUUCUGACAUCAGAAAUUAAAUCACUCUUUGUGCAUCCUUUCCUGGCCGAGCGCAUCAUCUCCAUGCUCAACUACUUCCUGCAGCACCUGGUGGGCCCCAAGAUGGGAGCCUUAAAAGUCAAGGACUUCAGUGAAUUUGACUUCAAACCCCAGCAACUCGUAUCAGAUAUCUGCACCAUCUACUUAAAUCUUGGGGAUGAGGAGAAUUUCUGUGCCACUGUGCCCAAGGAUGGACGUUCCUAUUCUCCAACUCUUUUUGCACAGACAGUCCGAGUUCUGAAGAAAAUAAAUAAGCCUGGGAAUAUGAUUGUAGCUUUCAGCAACUUAGCAGAGAGAAUUAAGUCUCUAGCAGACCUGCAGCAGCAGGAAGAGGAGACAUAUGCAGAUGCCUGUGAUGAGUUCCUGGACCCCAUCAUGAGCACCCUGAUGUCUGACCCUGUGGUGCUUCCGUCUUCUAGAGUCACUGUGGAUAGGUCCACCAUUGCCAGACAUUUGCUCAGUGACCAAACAGAUCCCUUUAACCGUAGUCCCCUCACCAUGGACCAGAUCCGGCCAAACACAGAACUCAAAGAAAAAAUCCAACGAUGGCUCGCAGAGAGGAAACAACAAAAAGAGCAACUUGAAUAAAUACUGUGAACUAAACAAACCAAAACCAACCCCAGAGUGUAGAUAAACAGCUGUUUGUGGUUUCUCUCUUAAUGAUUCUGACCUUUUUUUUUUUUUCACUAAAUUAAAGAACUGCUCUUGUUCAAAUUAUGAUAAUUAAGAUUCCUAAGAAAUUGACAAAGCUCUCCUGGCUUGCAGGCAAUUAUACUAAUUAUAUAGCAUCACCAAAUUCAGAAAUCACUAAUUUUUACCCUUUGUUCUCUCUUCCUAUUGUUUCUUCCUUUUCCUACCUUGAAUUAUAUUACUUCAACUACUAAGACUUCCUGCUACCCUACUGUUUCUCCUCUAAGAACUGCUCAAACAUCUUUGGUGAGCAUUGCUUUUAAGUAUAUGCUGUCAUAUAUUUCAUUAACAACUGAUAUCAUCAGAAAGUCCUAUAUUAUCAAGGUCCUCAUGACCCAAGCCUCAGCCCUUUUCCUUGUUACAACUCUGUGAUGUUAAAGCAUCGCCAUGAUGUUUGAGUGUAUUUUUUAAUCAGAUGACAGAAAAAAAGGAAUCUUAUGCAACUUCUGUUGGUAGCUCUUAACACUAUGUAUAACUCAGAGAUACUCGGAGACAAACUACUGUCCCUUGGGGUUGUCAUUAUCACACAAAACUUAGGCCUACAUUAUUUUUAGGAAGACUAGUAGAUCAAACUUGCAAUUUUGACACCUUAUUAAAAAAAUUCUGAGGUGAGAGAAUAACACAGGCUUUUGGGCCCAUGUUAUAUUAUGGAAAUCUGUUGCUACAGGGACUAGGUUUGAGUAGAAGAGUUAGGCAAGUUUGCAACCAUGAAAAAUAUUAUUUUAAAACACUAAUGUCAAUAGUCUAUCAAUAUAGAUAUAUACACACCAUGUGCUUUCUUAUACUGAUCUAGUGUAAACAGUGCCACUUUAUAUUGUCUCUUCCAUGGUAAAAUAUAUGUGGUGUGUAGCCAUGUUUAUUACAUACUCAUUCUAGACAAAAUUCUGAAGCUAUAAAAUGUAUAUAGUUCAUGUUUGUUUGGGCUUGUGACCUGACUUAAGUGCUGCUUCUAAAUCAGCUUUUGCUGAUGAAUUAACAAUGUAGGAAUUUGAGCACAACCUUGUCCACAAGCCAUUUUUCAGAUCCACUUGGCCCCAGGUAGUAAGUAGAUGGGCCCAUUUUUACAAAUUGAACUUGACCACCCUGGUCAAUUACACAGCAUAACAUGCUAAGGAGGCAUCUUGCCCUAUGGACUGUCUAUAUAGUUAAAAGUCCAAAGGUGUCAGAAAUGCAAGAAAAGUGGUAUGAUUUAGAAAUGGGUCUUUGCAUCAUUUAAAGGACUUUACUAUUAACCAUCACUUACUUGAACCAGAUAAGGUAAUUCUAUGCUGUUCCAACAUAAGUUGCUAUAAGCUGGCCUUAAUGUAUUUUUGAUGGUAUCAGCUGAAAAGUUCAAAUCAGAGAACAAUCCAUACUAGGUAUUAAGUAGAUAUUGUCUGUGACUAUGUAUAUAGAUGAAAAGGAAAUCGAAGACUUUUGCAAAUACCAGAAUGUAAGAUAUUAAUUCAGUGUGUUCCUUGGGCCUUUAACAUGUGGUUUGAAAUGAGCUUAAUUUCAUAUUUAUUCUCCUCCUCUGAGAAUGAACUGUAUAGAAAAUAAUAAGCUUCUGCCUAUUUGCAUUUAUCUUCCAAACUCAGUCUAAUAGUAUGUUUUCAUUUGGGGAAGCCAAGAAUUUUAUAAGAGAAAAUUGGAGGAAAAAUGGGCACAAAAUUCAGAAAGGCAGCUGUUCCCAGCAGCUUUCUAGUUAACAACCUCAGUGCUGCCUCUAGUAUCUGUAUGUUCUAUUUCUGUAUUUAGUCUUCAGAUUGUAAGUCUUUUCUGGCAAGCUUUUUUUUUUUCAAGCUCUUUUCCUGAAACUUUUUAUGAACGGCUGUGGCACCAUUAAUGCUGCUGAAUAUCUUUAAACUCACCACAAAGGCAAGUGCAUAGCUUAGGGCCACUGUUGGUAAGGAAACCAAGUGUCCUCUGUGCCUUUUUCCUUUCCUUAAAGUAAUUUAGGAACAUCCCAAAAAUGAGACUCAAAAAAUUACCUUGGUACAACAUGGUGCAUAAAUGCACUUGGAAGCUUAAAAAGGUAUGUUGUUUUCUUGAAACUCAGAAGCAGCUCUAAAUCUAUUACAGCAGAAUUUCUGAUAAACCUAGCUUUGUUGGCUUUGCUGGAGUAUGAUGAGAAAAUGAAGACUCUCUAAUUAGCUCUGGUACUAUUUACCAAGAGGGUAAUACUAAAUGGAAAACUAUUUAAGUGGCUUUACCAAGCAGUCUGGGUUUGUAUUCUUUUAAUAGUUUUUAAUAGGUCUGAGAAAACUGAAAGAAACUUUAAAGGUUUCUAAUGAUGAAGGCAAAGGUGCCGGUUGCUAUUUGGUAUCACUCUACAAAAGCUUCAUUAUUUGAUGCUGGUUGCCAAGCAGCCAUUGCACAGAGCAUAAGUCUAUUGGGUGCCUUUGCAAGUCAGAGGCUGAUGCUGCACUGUUGAUGUUACAUGAGGAAAUAAUGCACAUGUUCUAACUGCUAAACAGGAAAAGAAUCCAGAAACAAAAUGAAGAGCAAAACAAAAAGGUGGACUGAAAUAAAACUUGAUCAACAACUGUAUUUUGAAACAUUCCAGGAAGGUUACUUCUGGUCAAACUUGCCUGGGGGUGUUUGUUCAAAAACUUGUAUUUAAUAAAUGAACACCUGAC